UCACGACGUAACAAAUUUUUUUCAAAUUGGAAUUGUGGUUCAGGUCUGCGUUACAAGCAUUAUAUUUUGUACGACAACGUAUGAAAUGACUUCUAUAUCUCCGACUACAAUGCAAUUUUACAUGCUUCUACAAUAUCAAUUGUGCAUCCUGUACCAAAUAUUUAUCUUCGCUUGGCGAGGAAAUACCAUUACUAUAAAGACUGAAGAAUUGAAAGAUGCAAUUUAUGAAUGUGGAUGGAUAUCCGUACCAAAUUCAAAAUUUAGAAAAUCCCUUUGCAUUAUUAUGUCACAGUUACAAGUUCCAUUGACAUUACGCGUUGGAAAAUUUUUUUUACUAUCAGUCGACACUUACUUCAAGAUUAUAAAAUUGGCCUACACAUUUUACGUUCUACUGAAGCAAAUGAACAUGAAAAAGGAAUUAAUGGAGCAAAAGUAGAAUGUUUAAAAAUUACAUCGCAAAGGCGAUAAUUACAUUUUGUCAUACGCAAUAUAAAAAAAUAAUUGCAAGCUUUUAAUUAAUUUCUUUUGAGCAGAGAAAAUUUGUAAAAUAAAAGUGAAGUAUAGAGAUAAGUUUUAAACUAAUCUUUCUUUUCUUCCAUUUAUUUUAAAUUACUCAAAUUUCGUCAAUUUUUUAAAAACUGCAAAAUUGUGUAAUAUUGAGAAAUAUUAAGAAACAUCUCUUCAAUGAAAGCUUUUCUUUUAUUUGGGUGAAAU